CUUUCGGAGACGGGACGUAGAACCACCAGAUGGUCCAGCCGCGUCCCAGCCCAGCCCGAGCGCCCGACUCUCCUCCGCACAGUCCGGCCCCGGGGAUCUCGCCGCCGCCGCCCGCCCCCACCCAGCGGGUCUGCUAGCCUCGCUUGGCGAGGGAGCCGAGGACUGCCGAGGAGGAACUGGGGACGCCGCCGCCACCGCCGCCGGCUGCCGCCACCGCUCGGUCCCCAGGCUCGGGAGGGGGGGGGGGAGCCCGGCGCCGCGACUCCCCUGCACCGGGGGCCCCCUUUGCGUUCAUGCAACGCCUGGUGGCCUGGGACCCGGCAUGUCUCCCCCUCCAGCCCCCGGCCUUUAAAUCCAUGGAAGUGGCUAAUUUCUAUUACGAGGCGGACUGUCUGGCUGCUCUGAGUAAGCUGCACCCCCGGGCGGCAGGGGGCCGCUCCAUGACCGAGCUCACCGUGGGGGAUCACGAGAGAGCCAUCGACUUCAGCCCUUACCUGGACCUAACGUCGCAGCAGCAGCAGCAGCAAGCGCAGCAGCAAGCUCAACAGCAAGCGCAGCAGCAACAGCAGCAGCCGCCUUCCUCUGCGGCACCAGGGGGCAACUUUGAGCCGGUUUGCAGCGGCGGCGGGAGCUACAACAGCAGCGGCGGCCAAGAUUUUCUCUCGGAUCUUUUCUCCGAGCAGGACUAUAAAGGCGGCGGGAAGAAGCACCCCGAUUACUCUUAUAUCAGCCUGGCUCGGCACGGCCACCACCCGGCCGUCGGGCAGAGCCACAAGCCCGGCCCGCUGCUGGGCUGCUUCCCGCCGCAGAUGGUGGAGACCAAAGUGGAGCCGGUCUUCGAGCACCUGGACUCGUGCAAAGGGCCCCGCAAGGAGGAAGGGGGCGGCGGCGCCGGGCCGGGCCUGGGGGGCAUGUCCUCGCCCUACGGCAGCACCGUCCGCUCCUACCUGGGCUACCAGUCCGUGCCCAGCGGCAGCAGCGGCAACCUCUCCACCUCCUCGUCCUCCAGCCCGCCCGGCACCCCCAACCCCUCCGAUUCCUCAAGUCUGCCGCGGCCGGAGGAGUACAAGAUCCGGCGGGAGCGGAACAACAUCGCCGUGCGCAAGAGCCGCGACAAGGCCAAGUUGCGCAACCUGGAGACGCAGCACAAAGUCUUGGAACUGACGGCCGAGAACGAGAGACUCCAAAAGAAAGUGGAGCAGCUCUCGCGGGAGCUCAGCACCCUCCGGAACUUGUUCAAACAGCUGCCCGAGCCGCUCUUGGCCUCCUCGGGACACUGCUAGCCCCGCUCCCCCGGCUGUGUGCAGCUGGACGACGCUGGAGCAGCCGCUGCGGGGUGGGGACCCGGCGGGGGGGGGGAGGUCGGAAGAUAGGGAAGGAUUGAGCGGGGUGGGGGUGUGUGCGAGGAAAUCUGGGAGUUGCUUUCCCCCCUCUUGGCGGGACAAGAUCAGGGACGAGGGAGGAAAGAGGGACAGGCCGAGUGGGAAGAAGGUCCCCAUAAUCUACUCCCCCCCCCCGGUUUCGUUGCCUUAAUUCGCUCUCUGAUGUGGGGUGGGGUGGGGGACCAAAACACCUCUUCCGCCGCCACGUUCUGUGCUGCACAACUCCUUCGGCUGGCGGGGGGAGUCUCCUGGCGGUGUCCCUUUUUAUUUUCUUUACCUCUGCAAACCACAUGAAGGAAUUGAUUGCUUUUCAGCUUUCAGGUUGGUUUGUUUCCUGGGCGACUGCGAUACCAAACGCGAUAAGACGCUUAAAAAUUCUACGAUGUGGUAUUUCUGCAAGGAGGGGUGUGUGUGGGGGAGGAGGUUCUUUUAUUUUCUCUCUCUUUUUUUUUGCUGAAUGCUAGUGUUAUUUAAAAGAAGAAGAUAGUAGAGAGAGAGAGAGAGCGAGUCCAGAGUGAUGCAAUCUUUUAAAACAUGGCUGAGAAAGCUGGCUACACAUGAUGCAACCUCAUGUAACUGUCAGUCAUGGAUUGAGUAAUCUGUUAAAGAUGUUCCUAAAAUAUUUUUAUUAUUAUUAUUAUAAAUAAUGAUCUAUUUCUAUAAGGGAAAAAAAGACAUAUGUAUAUUUUGGGAUCUAUGCAUUCUUGCUACGUAUGAAGCAUUAAUGAACAAUUUUAAUAAAACUUUAUUGCUAGGAGG